AUGAAGCCAACAGAUGAACCAGAACCAGGAAACCACACUCUGCUGACUGGAUUUGUCCUCUCUGGAUUCUCCAAAGACCCAGAACUUCAGCACUUGCUAUUCUUCACAUUCUGCUUAAUUUACACCAUCACCAUCAUUGGGAACCUUCUCAUCUUCAUGAUCACAGUGCACCCCUCUUUCUGUGUGCCCAUGUACUUCUUCCUCCGGGUCCUGUCCAUCCUGGAUGUUUCCACAGCAUCGAUCGUUGUUCCCAAGAUGCUGGUAAACUUCCUGUCAGAGGACAGGAGCAUUUCCUACAUGGGCUGUGCCACACAGCUCUACUCUGUGAUUUUUUUAGGAGCCACUGAAUGGUACCUUUUGGCAGCCAUGGCCUAUGACCGUUACAUGGCCAUAUGCAACCCCCUUAGAUAUGCAGUCAUCAUGAACAACAGAGUUUUUGUUUCCUUGGUUCUGCUGUCAUGCUGCAGUGGUAAUGUUGUGUCGGUGGUGCAGACAGCUUGGGUGUUCUCAUUGUCAUUUUGUGGGCCCAGGAAGGUUAACUACUUCUUCUGUGAUAUUCCCCCCCUCAUCAUGCUCUCCUGCACUGACACCUCUUCAUACGAAAAGCAGAUCAUUACAGCCACAGUGCUGGUCAUCUUCACACCAUUUUGCCUCAUUCUGGUAUCCUAUGCCUGCAUCAUCUCCAGCAUCCUGAAAAUUUCCUCUGCAGAGGGCAGACACAAGACCUUCUCCACCUGUUCC